AGGAGGGCCCACAUCACCCCCUAUACAUACACCGCACAUGUUGCAGAGUAGCUCACACACAGCACCUGCGAAUUAAUCACUAGAAACCACCAGCUGAUCGACCAGCUUACUUAGUAAGAGAGUCAACCAAGUUCAGCUAACGAUGGCGUACAGAGUGCUGGAGGUCACCCUCCAGUCGGCCAAGGACCUGAAGAACGUGAACUUCAUGUCGCGCAUGGAGGUGUACGCUGUGGCGACCAUCUCCGGCGACCCAAUCACGCGCCAGUGCACCCCGCCGGACCCCUAUGGCGGCCGCUACCCGACCUGGAACGCCACGCUCCGCUUCGCCGUCCCGCCGACCGCCACAGCCGGCGGCAGCGGCUGCCUCCACAUCGUCCUCCGCACCGAGCGAUCCCGUGGCGACCGCGACAUCGGCGAGGUCAUCGUCCCGCUUGACGAGAUCCUCGCCGGCGCCGGCUACGACCUAGGCCCGCGCCCGCAGCAGUUCGCGGCUUACAAGGUCCGCACGGUGCACCGUGCCGAGACCCGCGGCGUGCUCUACCUGUCAUACCGCCUCGGCGCCGUCGUCGCGCCGCAGAAUCGGGUGGCACCGCACCGGCUGGAGACGAGAGCCGCCGCCGACGAGCCGGUCGUCGCGUACCCGGCGAUGCUGCCGUACGGUCAGCAGUCGUACGAUUACAUGCCGGUCCUGGCGCUGAUGCCGCCGGUUCCACGAGCUUCCGGGCGACUGUCCAUGGAGCCAGCGUCUCCGAAGGCUUCCGGUGGGCAUAUGGCCUUGUCGCCGUCGUCAUCACAGGCUCGUGAUGGGCAUACGUCUCUGCCGCCGCCGCUUCCAAAAGCAUAUGGGCACCUGUCCAUGCCGCCGCCACCGGCGUCGAUACAAACUUCUGGGCACGCGACGCCUCAAAAAUCAGCCGGGUACGCAGCCACCUCGCCGUGGACGACCGCGAGAAAUAACGGCAAUGCGGAUUUUGGUAGGGAGCUCAGUACCGGGCUGGUCGGCGGCGCGACAGGCGGUAUGAUGGCCGGCGACAUGAUGUCUGAGGCCGCGGCCUAUAACGCCGGAUACAGGGCAGGGCUGGCCGGCGAAUGGGGCAGGCCCGCCGUGUACUAGCUAGCCUAGAAUGUUCUCGUGUUGUACGCCGUCCGUACUAGGUGUGCUGCAUAAACUAAGUUGAUUUUAUUUACCUGCAAAAUAGUGAAUCUAAAAUUUACCUGCAAA